AUGUCCUCGAGUGUCACAUCGCUUGUAGAAGAGAAGGAAGUAGAUGUGGAUGGAGCAAAAGGAGUGGGAGGAGCUGCCAUACCAGACCGCCUCGAACGAGUUGGUUUGCUGGGUCUCGGGACAAGUUGGGCAGCGAAGAGGCAAAGCACUGAUGACUCCAGUUUACCAAACUUCGAAGACUCUCCAAGUAGAAGUGAAUUCAAUGGAUCUAAAAGCAAUUCAAAAUUUCUAGUAUAUGAUUUGAAGACCAUUAUUUCAGCCACAAAUAACUUCUCGCCUGCUAACGAGCUUGGCAAAGGUGGUUUUGGCUCAGUUUAUAAGGUUUGGGACCGAUGGAGAGAAGGAACAAUCAUGGAAAUUGUGGAUGCGUCACUAGGUGAGACAUAUCCUACUAAAGAAGUUUUGAGAUGCAUUCAAAUUGGACUUUUAUGCGUGCAAGAACAUGCAAGAGAUCGGCCAACCAUGUUAACAGUUGUUUUCAAGUUGGGUAAUGACACACCUCUUCCUUCUCCAAAACAACCAGCAUUUAUUUCGACAAGUACUAACAAUAAUAGAGACAUGUUAAUUUUUGUAAAUGAAAUAUCAAUUUCUGAAAUUGAUGGUCGCUAA